AUGUAAGGAAUACAAUUUGAAAGCAUAGGAUAUUCAAAAAUAGCUUGUUUGAAUUCUUAAUAAUUUCAUUAAUUAAUAAAACAAUGUCCAAGAGAAUUUUAGAAAUAUAGAAUGUUAAUUGACACUAUUAUACUUCAUAAUGAUCCUUAUUUAACUAGUAUUUGUUGUUUUGGAUGUCGUUAAGCUCAUGAAAUAACAUAAUGUCCAUUUGUAAAUUACAAACCUAAUAAAUAUUUGAUAAUUAAUAGUUAUAAAUUUCAUAAUGAAUAGAGUAGAGUAUCUGAUUUUAAAAGAGUAAUAAUCUUUUAUAUUUAAUUAGGAAAUUCAUAGAAAAAAAAGGAAAAUUAUUAUAAAAUCUGAAGAUAAUUAAGAUGAUUAUUCAGAAUCCUUUGAAUCAGAAGAAAAAGAUAAAGUGGAACCUUUUAAUAAAAUACUCCCAUCAUAAAAUUCUUCAUCAAGUUCAAACAAUAUUAAUAACCCAAUCAAUCAAUUAGAAAUAAGUUCUGUUCCUUAUGUGAGUUAUUCACAUAGUGGAUAGACAUUGUAUUCUAAAAGAAUGGAUUCUGAUAAUUUUUUAUCAGUUCAAGGAAUUAGUAGUAGUAAUAGUAGUAGAAAAAUAAUAUAAAAUGAAAUAAAAGAAAUAGGAUAGUCUAAAUUCUAAAAAUAUAGUUAAAAAGAAGAAAUGUAAGGAUCAUCUUUUUAAUAUAAUCCUUUAUAAAGAAUUUAGGAUAGUAUAUUCCAAAAUAAAAUAAAAUAUCAUAAAAAUAGUACAGAUAAAUAAACACAAUUUUAGAAGUAUCCAACAGAUAUUCAUUAAAAAUAAUAAUAAAGAGAUUUAAGGAAAAAUUAAACAAUGAUGAGUAAUUAUUCUAUAAUUGAAAAUCAAAAAUAAAGAAGAACAUCAAUUGAAGGUAAUUUUUUGUAAUCAUUUGAAAAAAUUAGUCAAUUUGAUGACUAUUUUCCACAUUACAAUCUAGAUUAAUAAAUAAAUAAUUAUUAAAGAAUUUAAUCAGUUAAUAAAGAUAGUAAUUAAUGA